AUGUCAUUUCCAUGCUUUUCGUACCUUGAGUACAGCAGACUGCCUCCCGCAGUACAGGAACAAUAUCUCGAUUGGUGUCAAAAUCAAUUUGAAAAUGAAAGGGAGAUGAUAUUAUUUGAGCGCCAAGGUGGUGUUCAAGGAUUAGCUUCCAGAAAGGCCCAAGAAGAGGUCGAUUGGUUACAAAGAAUUACUGUAUGGUCAUAUUUGCACGCAUAUAUCCCAAACAAUAGAGGUGAUCACCGAUUCCUUUCACAGGAAAUGUUCAACAAGGUCAAGUCAAAUUAA